GCUCCCACAACAAGUAAGGAUGCACUGCGUUCGCCGACUCGAGAGUGUGUGCUAUCAGUGUUUGGCUUUGACUGCCACCAGCUCUCGCUCUCCUUGUUCCCAAGCUUCAUAGCCAAUUAUGCGUGAUCGAUCGUCUAGCUAGCUCAUCAAUUGCAGGAUUUCCCUGACCCAUCAGCAGCAAUGGCACGUGGGCCAAUGGAUCUUUGGAACGAGUGGGCGACCCAGAUCCUGGUGCUCUUGAGCUUCACUCUGCAGAUCAUCCUACUCCAGCUUGCCGGGAUUCGUCGCCGAGAAGCUCCAGCUGUGCUGAGGCUUCUCCUGUGGUUGGCAUACCAGCUGGCUGACUCCACUGCGAUCUACGCCAUCUGCCACCUCUCCCUCGGUGGCACACCGCGUGAGCACCAGCUGGUGGCAUUCUGGGCACCAUUCCUUCUGUUGCACCUUGGUGGCCCGGACAACAUCACCGCAUAUUCCCUCGAGGACAGUAAGCUCUGGCUCCGACACCUUCUCACUGUCGUUGUGCAGGUCUUGGGAGCUGCAUAUGUCCUCUACAAACAAUUCAGGGGCAGUGGAAGCCCACUCCUACUCGCCACCAUUUUGAUGUUUGUUGUAGGUGUUGUCAAGUAUGGGGAAAGGACAUGGGCACUCAUGUCCGGCAACAUCGACACCAUCCGGAGUACACUCAAGAAGGAGCCGCAUACCAAGUGCCAUUCCCACAUUGAGUAUAAGCCCCACCAGAUGAGCUUCAGUAAUGAAGGGCACUUUAGGAGGGAGGCUAAUGAAGAGGAAUUCCUGAUCUGUAAUGCUCACGCCCUGUUCCACAUUUGCAAGUAUGCGGUUGUCGAUGAUUCUUCAUAUGACAAUACUAGGGAUACCCGUGCCAGUGACGCCGCAAUACUUCGUGGCCUUACGGACGAACAGAAGUAUGCAGUGACGGAAAUUGAGCUCUCCCUCUCUCCCUCAUGUACGAUAUGUUGUACACCAAGGUGAGUGUGAUACAUAACUGGAUUGGAUAUUGCAUCCGACUCGUCUCGCCUCUUGCCACGGCCGGUUCAUUACUCAUCUUCCAAUUCAAUGGUAGAGGUGGUCAAAACAUAGUUGAUGUUUCUAUUACAUAUGUUUUGCUACUCGGUGCUUUCCUCCUAGAGGUGACCUCACUGUUGCGCGCACUAGGGUCAAGUUGGACGUUUGCCUCUCUGUGUGCUGCCCGGUGGAUUUGGCUUAGGCACGCAAUUGCUCUUAUAACCACUAGGAUACAUGUUAUUUCGCAACAACUAGUAAUUUUUUGAGUGGACUAGAACGAACGUUUAUGUA